AUCAAUGAGUCAAACAAAUAAUUACAGAAGGAGUGUGUCGUGCUCGGCUCGUAAAUCAUUUCAAUUUCCAGAAAUGGACUUAAUACUUGCUAUCGGUGUGGCCAUGGUUGUCAGUCUGCAGGAGGUUGACGGUCAUUCUGCAAGGGAAGGGAAAAGUGAGGCUUCCAGUCAAAUAGAAUGUAUCUAUCACAACAUGGAGCACGUAAACUGUAAAUGGAAGCCAAAUGAAGAGGCAGCUCAUGGUGUUAAUGACCAGUUUUUUUAUUGGUUUACGAAGGAAAUGCAUGUGAGUUGGUGCAGCCCAAUUGAAGGGAAGCAAAGAUGUGAAUUGAUAAAAAGAAAGAACAUAUCUAACUGGUUGUGCUUAUACAUAGACACUUCAGACAAUCAGACAGUGAUGCCAAUGAACUGCCUCCAACUGCAGGAACAUGGACCGCAUAGACUGGUGCUUAAUAAAACAGGUCCUUCUGAUUUGGACUGCCUAUAUUCUGAUGAUAACUACCUAAACUGUUCAUGGGAGCAAGACAAAGACAAAAGACAAAAUAUAAAUUAUUACGUUUAUUAUAUGUUCUCAAGAAGGGUGUCCGUGAAGCAAUGCCAACAAUAUUUACGGGAUGGAAGUCGCAAUGUUGGCUGCCACUUGACUGUCAAAUCAGCCACUGCCGAUUAUAAGUGGCUCUAUGUCUAUGUUAUGGAUAACAACCACGUAACAAGAGUAAGACCUCAGAAAUUUCUGCUUGGAGAUCACGUGAAAAUGAAUCCACCACAAAUCCUGACAGCCAAACUGACUGGGAAGGAAGAGAUUUUGUUGGAAUGGGACAAACUGAAGAAUAGAAAUUCAUAUUUUCUUCAGUAUGAGAUGAAAUACAAAAGCAACUUGGACUCAGACUGGCAGACAGAAUUAAUUCAUGAUCUAUCAUUUCGUUUGCCAAAUGUUGAUCCUGCAAAAUGCUAUUUCUUUCAUCUAAGAUCCAUGAUUUAUGAAAAUUAUGCCACUGGAGGCCAUUGGAGUGACUGGGGACCCAUACUUAUUUGGAAAGAAAAGACUGUAGUAGACUCAUGCCCCUCACCUAGGAUAAAGGCACUUUUUCUGGUUUUACUGCCAGUAGCAAUUCUUGUUUUGGUCAUAUUUGUGUGCGUGCUUUAUAGAGUGAAGAGGGUAAGGAUCCUGGUUUUACCAGGAAUACCAGAUCCAAAACAUGUAUUCAUUGACCUCUUUGAUGACCACAAUGGAAACUUCCAGGAAUGGAUUGGUGUUUCUAAAGAUCUACAUAUGGACUGUCAAUCAAAUUGUUCUCCAGUUGAAUGCCAAAUUGAAGAGGAUUCAAUGGGAGUGAAUAUAGAAUGUGAGGAUUCUCCAGUGGUUAUGACCGGAAGCACUGAGCCAGCCCAAGAAAAUAUUAAUGGAAGCAGUGAAAACUCCGGAGGGGAUACACCAACUUCCCAGUUGCUGGUUCAAAAGCCUGCCACCAUUGACAUGUCCAAGUUUGUUAUGGAUGGAAGCGCGUAUAUUAGACUAUGAAAUGAAAUCUAAUGAAUAUGUCUUUUAACAUAAGA